AUGGGAUCCUCUCUUAAAAAAAAUAUUGGAUGGGAUUCACUUAAAGAAAAGGUAGAAGCAUUUUGUAUCAAGCAUGGCAUUUCAUUACCCAAUUUUGAUGAUCCAUAUGCUAAUUCUGGGAGAUCACGACGUAAAGUAGUUAUUUGUACUGCUUUGCAUCAUUAUCGUGUGGAUGUGUUUUAUAAAAUCAUUGAUUGGCAACUACAAGAACUUAAUGAUUGUUUCAAUGAGGUGACAAGUGAUUUGCUUAAUGGAGUAUCUUGCUUGAAUCCAAUUGAUUCAUUUUCUAGUUUUGACAUAAAGAAGAUAAUGAGAAUGGUUGAAUUAUAUCCUGAUGAUUUUGAUGGGUCCAACAUGAGAGCUCUUGAGAAUCAACUUGUUAAUGACAUUAUUGAUGUUCGUGAUAUUGAUGAAAGGUUCUCCAAUUUGGGUGGAUUUGGAGAACUUUCAAGAAAGUUGGUUGAGACAAAAAAGCAUUUAACCUAUUCUCUCGUAUUUCUUUUAGUGAAGUUUGCUUUACUUCUACCUGUUGCCACUGCUACAGUUGAAAGAGCUUUUUCGGCAAUGAAGAUUAUCAAGAAUGACUUGCGAAAUCGAAUGGAUGAUGAAUUCUUAGAUGGUUGCAUAGUGCCUUAUGUAGAGAAAAAAGUAUUUAAAGAUGUUUCUAAUGAGUGUAUUAUGAAAACAUUUCAAGAGAUGAAGUGUCGUCGAGUGCAAUUGUAG